AUGGGCUCCAUCUGCUCGGUUCUGAACAGCAACAUGGCGGUGACUGUGGUACCCCACCAGAAACCCCCGGUUCAGACAGUGGAAGGUGGCUCUGUGCAGCCAAUGAAACCUGGAGGCCCGGUGGCGAAACCAACCAGGAACAGGCUCAGCGCUGGGAGGUGUGGCGGGGGGAACUGCAAGCUGCGAGACGCCUUCGCGGGGACCAAACUCCGCUCUGUGAACACUUCUGGAGAAAAAGACAAAAAAAAAAAAAAAAGAAACUCGCAGAGGGAGGUGAGUGAUGAGGCGGAGGAGGCGCAGCUCCCUGUGGGGGUGACGGAAACCGAGGAGGAGCAACAGGAGGGUGGACUUUUCCAGGAGUUGAUGGAGGAACAAGAGGAGCGGGAAGAGGUGGAGGAGGUGAAGAUGUCACUCAUGGAGGAGAUGCAGGAGGUGCAACCAUGCGAGGUUGAGGAGAUGCAGCAAGCUGAGGAGGAGGAGGAGCAGCUGCAGGAGGAAGAGGAGGAGGAGGUGCAGGGUGAGGAGAUGCUACAGACUGAGCAACAGCAGCUGCAGGAAGACGAGGGGAAGCACACCGAGGAGGUGCAAGACUUUGUUGACACUCUGGAGCAGAACCACAACAACCAGGUCCUGAUCCGACUCAGAGGAAUGCAGAAAUACAAAAUUACAUCACAGAGGCUGAAGGCGGCCCUGGAGCAGAUGGACCGGGGCGUCGUGGACCUGCAGGAGCUCCGCAGGAACCUGGAGCUGGCUGCGGCCAUGUUGGACGCCGUUUACACGGACGAGACCAGGCGCCUGCUGGACACGGAAGACGAGCUCAGUGACCUGCAGGCGGAGUCCGUGCCGAGCGAAGUGCGCGAUUGGCUGGCGUGCACUUUCAGCAGGAAGAUGGGCCUGGCUAAGCGGCGUCCCGAGGAGAAGCCGAGGUUCAGGAGCAUCGUUCACGCGGUGCAAGCCGGAAUCUUUGUGGAGAGGAUGUACAGACGGACUUCUAACAUGGCUGGGCUGACCUACCCUCCCACAGCUCUGACAGCUCUCAAGGAGGUGGAUCAGUGGUCCUUUGACGUUUUUGCCUUCCACGAGGCCACUGGAGAACACGCCCUCAAAUUCCUGGUGUAUGACCUGCUGACCCGCUAUGACCUCAUCAACAGGUUCAGGAUCCCUGUGCAGGCCCUGGUGCAGUUUGUUGAGGCUCUGGAGAACGGCUACAGCAAACACAGGAACCCCUACCACAACCUGAUCCACGCCGCCGACGUCACGCAGACCGCCCACUUCCUGAUGCUACACACCGGACUGAUGCACUGGCUAAGCGAGCUGGAGAUCCUUGCCAUGGUUUUUGCUGCGGCGAUCCAUGACUUUGAACACACGGGAACUACAAACAACUUCCACAUCCACACCAGGUCGGAGGUCGCCAUCCUGUACAAUGACAGGUCGGUGCUGGAGAACCAUCACGUCAGCGCCGCCUACAAGCUGAUGGCCGAGGAGGACAUGAACAUCCUGGUCAACCUGAACAAAGAAGACUGGAGGGAGCUGAGGGCUCUGGUGAUAGAGAUGGUGAUGUCCACAGACAUGUCCUGCCACUUCCAGCAGAUCAAGACCAUGAGGAACACCGUGACACAGACAAACGGUAUAGACAAAGUGAAGGUUUUAUCUCUGAUGCUUCACGCAGCAGACAUCAGUCAUCCUGCCAAAGCCUGGCCGCUGCACUACCACUGGACUCACAGCCUGAUGGAAGAGUUCUUCAGACAGGGAGAUAAAGAGGUGGAACUCGGUCUUCCUUUCUCUCCCCUCUGUGACCGCAAAGCCACCAUGAUCGCCCAGUCACAGAUAGGUUUCAUAGACUUUAUCGUGGAGCCCACUUUCACUGUCCUGGUUGACACAACAGAGAAGGUGAUCGGACCGCUGAUAGAAGAAGACAGGAAGGCCAAAGAGAGUGGAAACAGAAGGUCCAGCCUAACAGGAAGCGGUUCAGUCACUGUGGAGUCGGUGCAGAGACACAGCAGUAAUCGCCAUGGAAACACCGACGACGGACAGAUGAACUUUUCCCUGACGGCCAUUGACCUGCCAGCUCUGAGGCACCACCUCUCCAGCGUCAUCGCCAGCAACAAAGAUCGAUGGAAGGAGCUGUCUGUGCACGAGCUGGCCAAGAAGGAGAAAGAGGAGACCGAGGCGAAAAACGAAGGUGAAGACAUCGGCUCAGACGUCCCGUCCCAGGCCUCGCCCGGCCACGGCGUCACAGAUCCGGCGCCGAACUCAGACGAUUGCGCUCCAGCUGAAAAGUGCGAUGAUGAAUCACCUGACCACACGGCCGCGGACCACCUGACCUGGAACGGGGCAGAGGAGGAAGAGGGGGAUGACAAAGUGCCUGAAAACGCCUGAUGACGCGAAACUACAAGUCCUCUAUUAAUCUGACUUUGGCAGAUCACCAUGGCAACAGGCAGCUCGGUUGCAGUAACCACUAGGGUUUAGACUCUUCUGUGUAAAGAAGCUGACUCAGUGGCCCCUCGGUGGCCCCCAGAGGACCUCCAGAUUAUCUGUUUACAAGUGAAUGUGGAUAAAUCAUACUUUGGAGUGACCAUCCCCCCCCCAUCAGAUCAUGGCUUCUUAGCAGCUUCCUGGUUCAUUUUCUGUCAGGCUCAGAGGUAAAUUGUCGGGAAAACCAAAGAGUGUGUGAUGGUUGGCGAAUCCCCGUUCACGAUUACCGCAGACAAAACGUCGUUUAUCAGGAUGAAUGAAACACGAAGCUGUUAAGAAGCAGCCGUGGUGGUGACAUCGGCGGGCGUGUGGUUUUGUUUGGGCGCCGUCAGUGAUCCGUGAUGGGAGUGAGGCGUCGCUGCUGCUCUGCUCUCUGCUCCAACUUCACUUUCUCAGGUAUGUCGCAUUCACCCAGUCACACCUCCGCGUCUGCGACGGAAGACCUUGGUGUGUUGAGAUGCUCGUCGAAUCAAAGUAAACGAAGUCGAUGUAAGUAUGCUGACGCAAACAGGCUUUUAAAUUCCUUAAAUUACUUUUAUUUACUCUUCAGGCCUCGACGUCUGCCAACGUUCGCCACCACUUUACCCGAUUUCCAUUUCAAUAUCGUGUAGGAACUUUGGUUCUCUAAUUCAAUUAAAAAAAAAAAAAUAUUGUAACUCAUAUCAUCCAUGUGGCAGGAGGGAUCAAAUUGAAUCAAAUCAAGUCUUACAGCCAAUCAGAAGAGGCCUCCGACUGAAGGCUGUGGCUGUACGACAGGCUCAUGACAGCGAUGCUAUGCUAAGAUGCUAACAGUUCAACUUCCAGGCAGCAGAGAUCAUAUUUCACAAUAACAUGUCCUGCAUGUCACCAUCGCUUGUUGAAAAGCACCACUAAUCCACCUCCUUUGCUUUUGCCGCUCCUCUUUAAAGGUCUUUAUGGCAGCACGGUCCGACGCGGUGAAGUCUGAGGUUUAAUAGCUGUGUAUUGUGAUCGAUAGACGUAGUUUUAACUUCCUCAUUCGCUCUUAGGUCCUGCUCAGCAUCCGUGUAGCCUGCUUUUCAACUCCUCUGGGUUCUCCAUCUCAAUAGAUUAACAAAAUGUGAAUAAUAUUACAAGUGGAGACGUUUUUGUCAUAUUGAUAAAGCUUCUGGGAGAAUGUCCGUUGGACAGAUGAGACAAAAUUUGAGCUUUUUCACAGGACAUAUCGGCUGUUUGUUCAGUCACACAAAAAUUAAGCAGAGCUAGAAAAGAGCAAAGUCUGCUGUCAAACAUAGAGGAGGCUGGGUUAUGUUCUGGGCUGCUUUGCUUUGCUUCCUCUGAAAUCUGUGCAGAAUAAAAUUAAAUCUCAAGGGAGCGUUCUGGAGAGAAAUACGCUGCCUAGUGUCUUCCAACACAAUAGUGACACAAAACACAGCUGAAAACCCCCAAGAAUGGCUGGGAGCAAAACAUUGGACUGUUCUGAUUGUCCUUCUACAUUCAAUAGGACGUCUAGGAGCUGAAUUACGCCAUCGGGAGAAGACGCCCUUCAAACCUCAGACAGUUUGCCCUGGAAUGGGGCAGAAUCCCUGUGGACGGGUGCAGAAGCCUCGCUUACGCCUACAGAGAUUGAUUGCAGUCGUUACCUUAAAAAGUUGAGCAGCAAAAAUAUGAAGUUGCAGGUACCAUCAUUUUUGACCAGGCAUGUUUCACUGGUCGGCUUUUUGAAACGAUUCUGCUGAAACACGAUUGAGAAGAAACGUCUGAUUUUCAGUGGUUCAUUUUCAAGGAAUUUUAUUUAUUGCUUUUGUCCGUUUCACGUCAUCUCGGUGACCUUUGUGGGAUUUUCAUUCGCGACCUUUAAAAGUCCAGUUGAUCUUGAGCUCAGCAGCUUUUUCAGAUGACACAUCUCAGUUUUUGUUUUGUGUUUCAUGUCCUAAGAUGUUGUUUAAUUUCUGCUACCCUUCACACGCGGCCCUGCUUUCACUUAACCCUUGCCUUCCCGAAAUUCAUUCUCUACUUUAUUAUCCAGAGUACACGGGCGUUACUCUGUCCUCUCUUCUCAUAUCCAUGCUUUCCUCCUGUGUUCCUUUAUUUUAAAUUGUCUCUCAUUCAGAUGUUCUUUAUAUUUUUUAUUUAUGGACUUUCUGCAUCUGUCUUUGUCUCAGUCAAAUAAAAACUUCUCUGUCAUCGGA